CGCACCCACCUUGCCGGGUCCGAACCAAAAGUGAAAGGAGCCUGACCGACCCUGGCAAGGCGAGUCGGGGGAGGUGGCCGCGUGUCUCCCGGUCGGCGGGGCUCAGCCGCCGCUUUGUGACUUCACUCGUUUCGCAACAAGCCCGGGCCACCCGCGCCCCACCCACCCGGCCCGGCCGCCUUGCAGCCUGCCACCUCGCUCGGCUCUUCGCGCUUCCCUCCCUCCCGGGUCUGCCCAGGCCUUCGCGGAGCCUCGGGUCCCGCCGUGCGUGGCUGUCUCAGCCGUGGCCGCCGCCUGGCGGGCAGGCAAGUGCGCGGCCGCCGCCUCCAGGCAGCCCGGAGCAACCCGGCGUCCCGCCCGGCUAAGCGCAGCGCCCUCUCGGCGGCCGCGGCGCGAUGUUGUGCUUUCUGAAGGGAAUGGCCUUCGUCCCCUUCCUCCUGGUGACCUGGUCGUCCGCCGCCUUCAUCAUCUCCUACGUGGUCGCUGUGCUCUCCGGGCACGUCAACCCCUUCCUUCCCUACAUCAGCGAUACAGGAACAACACCUCCAGAGAGUGGUAUUUUUGGAUUCAUGAUAAACUUCUCUGCAUUUCUUGGUGCAGCCACGAUGUACACAAGAUAUAAAAUAGUAGAGAAGCAAAAUCAAACCAGCUAUUUCAGCACUCCCGUUUUUAACUUGGUGUCGUUAGUUCUUGGAUUGGUGGGAUGUAUCGGAAUGGGCAUUGUAGCCAAUUUUCAGGAGUUAGCCGUGCCAGUGGUCCACGACGGGGGCGCCCUUCUGGCUUUUGUCUGCGGUGUGGUGUACACGCUCCUGCAAUCCAUCAUCUCUUACAAAUCCUGUCCGCAGUGGAACAGCCUCUUGACAUGCCACAUACGCAUGGCCAUCUCUGCCAUUUCCUGUGCAGCUGUCGUCCCCAUGAUUGCCUGUGCUUCAUUAAUUUCUAUAACCAAACUGGAGUGGAAUCCAAAAGAAAAGGAUUAUGUGUACCAUGUAGUGAGCGCAAUCUGUGAAUGGACAGUGGCCUUUGGUUUUAUUUUCUACUUCCUAACAUUCAUUCAAGAUUUUCAGAGUGUCACCUUAAGGAUAUCCACAGAACUCAAUGGUGACAUUUGAAGAAAGGAGGAUUCUGUCUCAGUGAAUGUCACAGAUGGUUUCUAGAAGUGGCGCAGAGAUGGACAGGUUUUAAUGCCACCCUGAUUGGGAUGCAUUUGCGGUACAUCCAGGACUUGAAUUUCACUAAGAUUCCUAGUAGUUGUACUAUUUGCAAAGGUAUGUUUUCCUAGAGAAUGUAGAACAUUUAUAACAUUGUAGCAAUGUUUUUAUACUUUUCUAAGUAGACACUUUUUAUAUAAACUCAUAUACAGAAAAAAUAUGAUGUUUGUUAAAGAAAAUGGACAGCUUUUAUUUUUGUAAAGUUUCUCAUGCUUUUUGUCGUUGUGUGCAAGUGUUCUAUGGAAAUACACUAAAUGAGGAAUCGAAGGUUAGUACAUUUAUUAAAAAGCAAAAUCAGUGGAUAUGCUUUUUAAGAUUUCAUUUUUAGAGAAUGAACCAUAUACAUUUUUAUCACAGGAGCAUUUAUAAAAUCCAACUUAAAAUAAUGUUCAUAUGCCCAAAUCUCAAAGAUUUAAUUAAUAAAUUAAUACUAAGAUACUCUGGGUUUUAACUGAAAAAAGCUUCUCCAGGAAGCCUUACUACCCCUCACUGUGGCCUUUAACAGAACACAGAAGUCCUAGGUUUUGACCUCUUCAGUUUCUCCAUGCUCACAGGGCUGCAACUGUCCCCUGCUGCUGGUUGGCAGUCCCCAGAGGCCAGAAUCCUAUGGGAUGGGUUCAGCAAGGCAGAUUAGAAAUUGUACAACUCUCCUUUACUAUGACUGAUGUAACUUGAAUCACUGUCUGAUUUAGAAGCUUCAACUUCAUUUUAUGCCUGUAAACCUCAAAGAGAACACAGGUCCAAGAGAGAAACAGGGAUAAAGGAAAGGAGACAAUUGAAGGAUCUGGGUACCAGAGGUGCUGUUGAUUUGCUCCUCCUAUUAAUGUCUGUGGCCCGAUGUUCCACACUAUAGGAAACGUGAGUCAGGUCCUUUGGGUUAAGCAGGACCUAGAGACUCCACCUUUUUAUCCAAAUCACCCAUGGCAACUGAAAUGCAAGUCAUUCUAGAGGAGAAGCAGCUCUUGGAAUGUUGACAAGAAGGUAUUCUCUCUUUCAAACAUCCUUGGACUACAAAGGUGUCUGGCCAAGUGGGAGCAGCCCUUGAGGGCAGAGUAGCCCAUUUGGAGGGCACUGGGGAGUAGGGAGCCCAUGGCAGCUCUCCAUGAACUCUGCUGAGCAGUCUGCCACCUCUGCCAUGAUGAACUUCGACCCCCGGAAGUGCCCUGUGAUGGGAAACUGGUAACCACUUCUGGGACCACUUAGCUUGCCAUCAUGCUGUGGAUCCCAACUGUUAACACUGGAACUGAAACAGCGACCUCCGUUCUGAAGAGAAAAAGGAGCCCACGUGCUUCUUCCGUGGAUCGUAUGGUAGAGUGAACCCAUGGUGUGCUUUGCUGUGAGCAGAAAAUUUAUCAGUACUUCUCGAGAAUCGCUGUCAUGCUUCCUCUCCACCUCUCUGCACAAUUAGAUUGAGCUGGCCUCGAGGGCAGAACAGUGGCCUUCAUCUUUACCUUUGUAACUCCAGCAUUUAACAGAGUACCUCCUGGAAUACCAUAGGUGCUUCUUAAACAGUUACUGAACAUGCAUGCGCGAAUGAGUGAAUGAGCAAAUGAAGGAAUGAGAGGUAUCUGAGGUGCUGCAUAAUGGGAUUUAUUCACUCAAGUUUACUAGUUGUUUUAAUGUAAACCAAUUGUGCCUCCCAGUGAUGUUGACUACUUUGCUUUGUGUACUGUUAACAGUUCAGUUGCUUGGGCUUCAUGAUCCUAUGACAACUCUCUUCUGGACAGUUACCACAGAAAUUGUUACAUGGGCUAGACCAAACGCUACACCUGUCUUGGCAAACUGAGAAGGCCCCAAAUCACUACAGAUAAUCACAUUCUGCUGAUUCCGUGCAACCUCUAAAGCUGGCCUUAUCCACAUUUUGGUAUUUUUUUUAAAAAAAAGAAUUUAUAAACUCACCUUUCCUUGUACCUCAUGACUUAAAGAGAAAAUAAAAAGAAAUAUUUCUUUAUUUUAGUAAUCCGUGUCUCUGUU